GUGAAGACGUCAAAAGAUAACAGAGCCGUCCACAAUAGGCACCUACUCGGUCGACUGUCAAUUAGUCUCGUAUGUUAAAAUGCAUACAUUCAAAUUCUAAUGUCAUUUGAGCCCUCAUCUCAACAGCUCUUGACUAUCAAAUCGCAAGGGAACCAACCGGCUGGGUCGAAUUCCGCGAGCUGCAUGUCUCACAUGAAUUCAUCUGAACACAGCAUGCGGGGUCACACUUCUUCGGGAGACGUCGGCCGAGGCGUCCGCCACCAUCACAGUGGCUUCGAACACACGGCAUAAGAAGCAAUCUCACCUCUUCGAACCUCACCUCACCUCAAGCAAUCCAAAUCUCUCUCAUCAACACAUGCCAAACCAUCCAAACACAAACUCACCCUGUAUCCUCACAAUGUCAGACCCCCUCCCAAAACUAAUCACCCUAGAAGAACACUUCGUAGCAGAAGACCUCUUCACAGAACUCUCCGACAUAUACGCAGAACAACUCAAACACCUCCCCGAAGUAGCAUCCCGCCUCAAAGACGUCGGCCCCCUCCGCCUCUCCAACAUGGACGACACCCGCAUCAGCCUGCAAAUCGUAUCCCACGCCCCCGGCCUCGGCCCCCGCGCCCCACACCUAAGCAAACUCGCAAACGACCAGCUCGCGGGCGCAGUACGCGCCAACGCCACCCGUUUCGCAGGCUUCGCCGUGCUACCGAUGGCCGACCCGGAGGCCGCGGCGACGGAACUCGGGCGCUGUGUCCGGGAGCUGGGGUUCGUUGGCGCCUUGGUGGAUACGCACGUCGACGGGAAGCACUACGACGACCGACGCUUCUGGCCCGUCUUCGCCGCCGCCGCGGAGCUCGAUGUGCCGAUUUACUUACACCCUACCUACCCCUCCGAGAGCCAGCGGCCCGCGUACGAGGGCAACUUUGACCCCGGCGCGGCGCGGAGUAUGGGAUCCAGCGGGUUCGGGUGGCACUCUGAAACGGGUCUCGCCGUCCUCAAGCUCUUCGCCGCGGGCCUAUUUGACGAACACCCGUCGCUGAAAAUCAUCAUUGGCCAUUUCGGAGAGAUGUUACCCUUUAUGAUGGAGCGCGUGGAAAAGCUCUCGGUGCGGUGGGGUCCGCGGCGGCGCCGUUGGCGGGAGGUGUGGGAGGGGAACGUGUGGGUUACCACGAGCGGGGUGUGGGGACUCGCGCCGCUGGCGUGCGUGUUGAGGAAUACGCCGGUGGAACAUAUUUUGUAUAGUGUCGAUUACCCGUUUGAGAAGAACGAGAAUGGGCUCGCGUGGAUGAGGGAGUUGAGGGAUAGUGGGAUGGUGACGGGGGAGCAGCUUGAGAUGAUUGCGUUUCGGAAUGCUGAGAGGUUGCUGAGGGUUGAGGCGCCGUGAUGUGUAUGAGUGGGAGAGAGUGUGAGUUGAGGUGCGAUGGGUGACUGGGAAGUGGUCUCGAGGGGAUUUCGAGUCUAGUCUCGUUUGGGUCACACGGUCUCCAUAUACACAACGCGUUCGACUUUGAGGGAAAUCAAAAGACCCUGUUUCCCUCUCCAUCCGUCACGAUCGUGAGUCGUGACUGGCCCAGAUUUCCCUCUCCAGCCCCGUUCCCCUCCCACAAUAAUCGUCUCUCCCCUUCUGCCCCGCCCACGAUGUCCUCUCUCGCUUCUUGGUACCACCCAUCGCAGCGGCUGUCACACAAGAUCGUCUCUAUGGCUCAGUCGGUAGAGCGUUGGUCUCAUAUUAAAUACAUAU